AUGCCUUACUCAUCCUCGUAUUCCCCUGUCAAAUCGCGAAGCCAAGGCGCCAAGAUCGCAUCAAACUCGUCGCCCUGCCUCUGGGCUCCCCCCCUGGCCGCUGAUGACGCCGUUUCCAAAGAUUUCAUCUCCCUGCUUGUCCGGAUUUUUCCAAUGGCGCCGAGCUGUCUCUCUCCCUCUCUCUCUCUCUGGUUUCGCAGCGGUCAUGCCGCCUUGACCAACAACUACAGUACAGAACGGAACAAGCCUGAGCACACUAGCAAACUAGAGCUCACCCGGCCUGCAACCUCUCGCCUGGCCCUGCUCCGUGGUUUGGCGAUCCAAGUUGGCCGGCCCACGGCCGAGUUGGAUAGGGCUGGAAUAAGCCUCUUAGCGUGGAUACACACCCCGCUGAGCAAGAGGGUGCGUUGCCGGCAAAGCUCGCUCGCUGGGCUGGUUGUCGCUCGUCUCGCUCUUAUGGCUUGUGGAGAGGGAGAGAGAGAGAGAGAGAGAGAGAGAGAGAGCCGCUCUCCGCUUCUUGACCCGUCAGAGGAGCAAGUCUUCAGCCAGCUUCCUUCGCUCGCCGAAUUUUCCGUCGAUCCAGAGGGCUGCCCCAGUGGUUCGUUUGCCCAAGCCCGCCACCCUGCCUGCGAGAACGAGACGGUCUCCUUGUCCGGCUCCCUUGGCAGAGGCUCUGCUGUGUCUCUCUGUCUCGGUCUCUCAGUCUCCCCCUCUGCCCGCGCGCACACAAGAAUGCGUAUCUAUUGCCUAAUGCUCUGCGACGAAGAAUAUGAUGUGAACACGCAAAAGCGUGUGGUUCAGAGUUUGCCUGGCGGCCACCCGGACGCGGAAGUGGCCGACACGAACCAUGCGAGCACCAUGCGCUUCUUGUCCUUGUGCCCGGCCGGCGUUGCUCGCUUAGCACCCCAUGUCAUGUCAGGUCAGGCCAUGUAUGUGCAGACCUGUCACGUCACGGCCGAGUUACAGUACGAGCACCUCCAGUACCUGUCCGGUCGUAUAUCGCUCAGCUCUCCAUGGGGCCCCAAGCAGGGCAAAAGCGGGCGCCCACGGCAAGCAAAGCAAGCAGAACAGAACAAGAACCAACAGCCGGCUGAGCCAAUUGGAGGGAACUUGAUGCGAUCCAAUGCUAGCAGCAACGCAACCGCACUCGUACCCAUUACAUAUUCUGCAACAAAGAGACCAGCAACAGCACAGUACCAUGUACUCGCACCCGUACCUCACCAAACCGGCGCACUUGGGCUCGUCACAGACUGGGCUAGAUUUCGGAUCCAUGGAUGGUGGAAACCAGAUCGCAGGCGCUAG